UUUAUUCUUAUUUUUCAAAAUCCUUCCAUUUUCCACAACCUUUCUUCUCCAUCCAAACAGAUCUCCCGCUUUGCCUGCAAAUGGCGUCCUUUUGGUCCCUCCAAUUUUAACUACUUUCAUCUCCUUUCUUCCCUCAACGCUCCAAAUCUUAACGUGCGCACGACAUGGAGGCUCCUUCAUUUUUAUCCAAAACAAGAACCGCUUUCAACUCCGCAGCUGCCAAAACCGAGCGAGUUUUCAAUGAAUUAAAAUCCGAUUUAGAUUCUGAUACAUUAUCGUCCAAGGAAUUCAAGAACGAUUCUCUUAGGAACGAAGGCGAGAGUAAGAAUUUUCAUGAAGUAAAUCAUUCUAGGUGGAAGCCCACAAAUUUAGGGACAAAACAGGAAUGGCAAGAAAGGUUUAGAAAUAUAGGAAUAGGGAGAAAAGGCGUUGAAGAUUCCAAGAAGGUUGAAAUUUCAAUAAUGGCUGUUCUAUUCUACGAUGAAAACAUAUAUUUGCUCAACAUGAAGAAUGACACGGAAGCAAAGUUGUUAGAAGCAAUUCCUUCCGUAGACGUUCUAAAUACCAACACGGAAAACAUUCCCCCAUCAUCUGUCAUCAAACAAUUGGCUGUAGCUAUUGAGGCUGGAACCAAUUUUAAAAGGUUGAAAGAUCUUUUGGCAUCUUUUGAAAGUUCUUCUCCCAGUAAGGAAAAGGCAGGCUUGAGCUUCUCUGCAGUCAAGUCGUUCAUUAUCGGCGAGAAAGAGGAUAAACUUGAUUAUGGCUUUUGUGAUGACGAGAGAGUCCUUGAUUUGAUUCGUGCACUGUUUGAUGCAGAUGGAAAAUUCCUCCAAAGGAAGCUUGUAUCGGAUUCAGAUCAGUCUACGCCAAAUAUAUCUUUUGUUAAAGACAUUCAUGGUGCUCCUCCACAGAGCUUCGUUGUUAAGCUUUCUGAAGUAAUUGGAAGUUUUAGAAGCCUUAGCAAGAUGGCACUCUUUUGGUGCAUGGUUGUUACAGAACUGAGAAGAUUUUGGUCCAAAGAGAGACAUCUGCCUGGCAUUCCUGUGAAUGAGAUUCCAGAUCUAAAUUCAUGUCUUUUAUAUCAACAAUUACAGGUUAUAAACUGUUGUCUAUCAAGAAGAAGACAGCACAAUAUUGCAGCUAAAUCAUUUGCUUCUGAAAUGAUGGAAGCCAGUUCAAGCGUUAAAGAAACAGAUGUUUCUAUGGGCACAAUGUCUGUCAGAUCUUCAUUGUGUGCACGAGUUAAGACUAGGGAACUUGUUCUUCGGCAGGGAGCUAAUAAACUGAUCGAAAAUUUAACAAUGUUAGAAACUGGUGAACCGAUAUACUCACCUAUUACCCAGGAAGGACCUUUGCUUACAGAAGAGCUUAUCAGAGAAACAGAGGAGUUAGUUCUUCGGACAGGGAGCGAUGGCGCUGGGUGCUCUCGGCUCCUCUCUGACAUGCAGGCUUUCAAGGCUGCAAAUCCUGGCUGUGUUUUAGAAGAUUUUGUUAGAUGGCACUCUCCUCCUGAUUGGAUUGAACCCGAGCCAAGCAAUGAGGUUACGAGUGGAAGUGGUCAACUAAGUAGUAGAAUGCAAAAAGAAGGUAAUUUGUGGCGUGAACUAUGGGAGACAUCCAAACCUGUACCUGCCAUUAAACAAACACCUCUCUAUGAUGAGGAUUUGGCAGUGGAGGGAAUCCUGAAUUUCUUCGAGAACAUUCCGGUUACUGAUCUUUUUCAACAACUGUUUCUUUCUCUUCUUGGUUUGGGAUUUGUAUUAGCCGAAGACAAGCUCUCUGCUGAUGAGAACUUAUCAAAGCUGUUUUACGAGCUCAAAGACUAUGUUGUUGCAACUUGCCAGAGAAACGUCUGGAACGAUAAACUGGAUGAGCUUUGCCAGGUAGGUUUCCAUUUUACACGCAUGCCUCGACGUAUCUAUCGACGUUUCCCGUCGAUAGAAACUGUCGACGAGAUAGAUGGUUUCAUGAAGUACGAAACAGUGGAAACAAUGAUAGCCACUCCCGAAGAAGUAAUAAAGACAAUAGAGCAGGCAGAAGAGACAGAGAUGCCGGAAAACGGAAGUCCUACCGGCAGUGAGCUAAAACGUCGGUUUCUACAGCUGGCACUUAUAUUCAGUAGCAAGGAUAAACCACCGAAAAUAGCUACUGCGGAAGAGCCAAUAAUUCGGAUGAGAAUCCCUCUCGUCCAUUUGGUAGCUUCUUUGAUAGCAAUCAUCUUUAUUUUCAAAGAUAUCUCCUAA